UCAAAAUUUUAUCUCCAAUUCGAACUGCUAUUAUGAACUUGGAGGCCCAAUCAACAACACUUGCAGAUUGCUUUGUACAAUUCGUUGGUUUGGCAGCUGCUAUUAAAAAAAUUUCAAACUUACGAAUUAAUGAAUUUAAAAAUUAUUGCAAGCAAGUUUUUAAUAAAAGAUGGAAUGAUUUUAAUAUGGAUAUUUAUUUGCUUGCAUAUUUUCUCCACCCAGGAUAUCGUGGCGCUGGUUUACGAGAAAGUCAAUUUCAAGAAAUUGCAAGAAUUGCAAUUCAAAUAUGGAAAAAUGAAGACUAUGAUGAAUAUGAAUGUGCAAAUCUUAUUGCAUAUAUGCGAUUAUUUCAAGAAAAAGAAGAUGGAUUUGACUUGCCUUAUAUACAAGUUGCAUCUGCAACUUUUUUGGUUGAAGAUAAUGAAAGAAUUAUAGAGGAUUUUGAAAUAGAGAAAGCUAAAUAUAAUUUAGAAAUUAUUGAAUGUUUUGAUAUUGAAAACAUAGUAUGUUUAAAUGAUGAAGUAUUUCGAGAUAGUGAAUCUAAUAGUGAUAAUGAAGAAUUUCAAGAUUAUGAAGAUGAGUUUGAUGAACUUGAUUACGAUGAGUUAACUGGUAACAAAACAGGACAAGAUAAUAUAGAUUCAAAUACUAUAGAUAAUAUAGAUUCGAAUACCAUAGAUAAUAUAGAUUCGAAUACCAUAGAUGAAAAUAAUGCAAAUGAUAAUAUUACUAGAGAUUCAAGUAUUAUAGAGAAUGAAAAUGAAGCAUUAGAGUCUUUACCUAUAGCACUUAGAAAAACAUGUCGUCAAAUCUUAAAAAGAUAA